GUGAUAUCCUUCCGCGGGAGCGUGAAGCAGCUCCUUCCCCCCAGACAGCAGCACUGCCGCUCGGAGAGCACUUACCGCCUCGCCGGGCGCUCGCUGGGGAAACGCGUUUCAUCGUCCGCCCUCCUCCGUUUGGAAACUUUCAUGUCAUAUCGCCUGAAUACAGAAGGAGUCUGAUCCGGUUUCUGUGGUGCGCUACCAGCUACUACUUGUGUGGAGCGGCUCGGGCAGAAUGGAGCUCAUCACCAUCCUCGAAAAAACUGUCUCUCCAGAUCGGAAUGAGCUGGAGGCUGCGCAGAAGUUUCUGGAGCAGGCAGCUAUUGAGAACUUGCCUACCUUCCUGGUGGAACUGUCGAAAGUGCUGGCGAACCCGGGGAACAGUCAGGUGGCACGGGUGGCGGCUGGCCUCCAGGUGAAGAAUUCCCUAACCUCCAAAGACCCUGAUGUGAAGACGCAGUAUCAGCAGAGGUGGCUCGCGAUAGAUGCCAACGCACGGAGAGAAAUAAAGAACUAUGUGCUGCAGACUCUGGGUACAGAAACAUACAGGCCCAGUUCAGCCUCUCAGUGUGUGGCUGGGAUAGCAUGUGCUGAGAUCCCAGUGAACCAGUGGCCCGAGCUCAUUCCCCAACUUGUAGCAAAUGUCACAGAUCCCAACAGCACUGAACACAUGAAGGAGUCAACACUGGAGGCCAUUGGGUACAUAUGUCAGGACAUAGACCCUGAGCAGCUGCAGGAUAAUGCCAAUCAGAUACUUACAGCCAUCAUCCAGGGCAUGCGCAAAGAGGAGCCGAGCAACAACGUCAAACUGGCAGCUACGAAUGCCCUGCUCAACUCCUUGGAGUUUACCAAGGGUAACUUCGACAAAGAGACUGAAAGACAUUUCAUUAUGCAGGUAGUCUGCGAAGCAACUCAGUGCCCAGACACCAGAGUACGAGUAGCUGCUUUACAGAACCUUGUGAAGAUAAUGUCCCUGUAUUACCAAUAUAUGGAAACAUACAUGGGUCCGGCUCUAUUUGCAAUAACAAUAGAAGCCAUGAAAAGUGAUAUUGAUGAAGUUGCCCUGCAAGGAAUUGAGUUCUGGUCAAACGUGUGUGAUGAGGAGAUGGACCUGGCUAUUGAGGCAUCUGAGGCAUCUGAGCAGGGAAGACCUCCAGAGCACACCAGCAAGUUCUAUGCCAAAGGAGCCCUGCAGUACCUGGUGCCCAUUCUUACACAAACACUGACCAAGCAGGAUGAGAACGACGAUGAUGAUGACUGGAACCCCUGCAAAGCUGCGGGUGUGUGCCUGAUGCUGCUGGCCACCUGCUGCGAGGAUGAUGUGGUGCCGCACGUGCUGCCCUUCAUCAAGGAGCACAUCAAGCACCAGGACUGGCGCUACCGGGAUGCCUCUGUUAUGGCCUUUGGGUCCAUUCUGGAGGGUCCCGAGCUCAACCAGCUCAAGCCCCUCGUCAUCCAGGCGAUGCCCACACUUAUUGAUCUGAUGAAGGACCCCAGUGUGGUGGUGAGAGACACCACAGCCUGGACUGUGGGGAGAAUCUGUGAGCUGCUCCCUGAAGCCGCCAUCAAUGAGGUUUACCUGGUGCCCCUCCUUCAGUGUCUGAUUGAGGGCCUAGGGGCUGAGCCCAGAGUAGCUUCAAAUGUCUGCUGGGCUUUCUCCAGCUUGGCUGAAGCUGCAUAUGAAGCUGCAGAUGCAGCUGAUGAUCAGGAGGAGCCAGAGACCUACUGCUUGUCCUCUUCCUUUGAGCUGAUUGUGCAGAAGCUCCUAGAGACAACAGACAGGCCUGAUGGACAUCAGAAUAACUUAAGGAGUGCAGCGUAUGAAGCCUUAAUGGAAAUUGUAAAGAACAGUGCGAAAGAUUGUUACCCAGCUGUGCAGAAAACCACACUGGUCAUCAUGGAAAGGCUGCAGCAAGUGUUACAGAUGGAGUCUCACAUACAGAGCACAUCAGACAGAAUCCAGUUUAAUGACCUGCAGUCACUGCUGUGUGCUACCCUUCAGAAUGUGCUGCGGAAGGUGCAGCACCAGGACGCCCUGCAGAUCUCCGACGUGGUCAUGGCGUCCCUGCUGCGGAUGUUCCAGAGCACCGCCGGCUCCGGGGGCGUGCAGGAGGACGCGCUCAUGGCCGUCAGCACCUUGGUGGAAGUGCUGGGAAGUGAUUUCCUGAAGUAUAUGGAUGCCUUUAAACCUUUUCUGGCUAUAGGGCUGAAAAAUUAUGCAGAGUAUCAGGUUUGUCUGGCUGCUGUGGGGCUAGUGUGUGACCUGUGCAGAGCUCUCAUGUCAAAUAUCCUGCCUUACUGUGACGAGAUAAUGCAACUGCUGCUGGAAAACCUGGGGAAUGAGAAUGUGCACAGGUCUGUGAAGCCACAGAUUCUCUCAGCCUUUGGGGACAUUGCUCUGGCCAUUGGAGGCGAGUUCAAAAAGUACCUGGACAUUGUGCUGGAUACACUGCAGCAGGCAUCCCAGGCUCAGGUGGAUAAGACAGACUAUGACAUGGUGGACUAUCUCAAUGAGCUGCGGGAAGGAUGUCUGGAGGCCUACACUGGCAUCAUUCAAGGCCUUAAGGGUGACCAGGAAAAUGUGCAUCCGGACGUGAUGCUUGUACAGCCGCGAGUUGAAUUCAUUCUGUCGUUCAUUCACCACAUCGCAGAAGACGAGGAUCACUCUGACGGGGUGGUGGCUAAUGCUGCUGGCCUUAUAGGAGACCUGUGCACAGCAUUUGGCAAGGAUGUCAUGAAGUUAGUAGAAGUGAGGCCUGUAAUUAACGAACUGCUAACUGAAGGAAGAAGAUCAAAGACAAGCAAAACGAAGACCCUUGCCACAUGGGCCACUAAAGAGCUGCGGAAGCUAAAGAACCAGGCUUGAUUUCAUGCCAUUGGGAAAACAUCUUGAGAAAACCCCACUGGAAUUCUUCGAUCUUUUGAAAAAUAAAUCUAAGCAGAAGUGAGGAGUGUGCUCGGAUGAGUGUUUGGGAAUGUGAGAAUGAGUGAGUGAGGCUUGAUAUCACACCACCUUCUGAAUACUAUUCCAGCAGCAGCAGCCGCCGCCGCCUCCGCCUCCGCAGCGUCCACUCACUGAAGGCGGAACCGACUAGAAAACGACAACUGGACGGCUGUAGCCAGCUCGUUCACGAACUAAAGGGUAUCUUUCUCCAAAAAGGAUCACCAGGCUAGGAAGAAACCGCCAAACCUGGAGUUUGUUUUUUUUAAACGUUAAUAAAAGGACUGAACUCUUUCUUUGGCUGGUCUGUGGAUAAUAUUGAAGUACUUGAAGAAUGACGGAGAUCCAGGAAUAGAAGAAUGCAUCAAACUGCAUGGAAAGAGUUCUGAAAUGGGUUUUGCUGCUGGAGUUGAAGAAAGCUUAAAUGAAAUGGAAGAAAACAAUUGGACUCCCUUGCCCGUCUCCCUUAACCUUUCUCUAGACCAUUGCUCUGUUUGUGCAUGGGAUUCCUGUGAGCGGGUUUGAAAGGGCAAGCUCCAGUUUAGCGUGCGUGUGUGUGAGUGAGGAGGUAUCCACUUUCUUCACUUUCAAAUAUUAAAUAGAAACAAAACUCAUUGCAAAUAAGUGAACGCAUUUCUGAAACUAUAAAAAGUCGAUAAUGGCAGCACAUGAAAAAUUGAGAAGAUGUUGCUUUUUCUGUAGAAAAAUCACUGACGAAUGUUCAGACCUUCCUUUUAAGGUUUAAAGGGGUUUGUGGGAUCUCGUUUUAAGGUGAGGCCUAAUAAAAAUAAACCCUUUCUGCCUGUCUCAGUUCCAGACUGUGAAAUUACAAUGUAAAGUCUAAUGAUGCACCAAGUUUUAAAGGAGAGAAAGCAUUAGCAGCUGAACUUAAAAAAAAAAACUUUAAUUUGGCAGGUAACACUUUGGAAACAGCCCCACUUGAAUACAUCAAUCCAAACAAUAGUAGUGUGCCAAAGAAUUUAUAUUGAAACAAAGCAAAUCAGGUAAUAUUUUGGAUUGUUGUAAUGAAAAAAAUUAGUCAAAGGAGUUUGAGUAGACCUGUAAGAGCAAAAUUGCCACUUGGAAACUGCUUUGGCCUUUUCUGCGCUUUUAUUAAAAUGGUUCCAUUGUGAUAUUGGUUUCUUGCUGCACUUAGUUUAAAAGUCUACAAGCUUGUUAAAAGAAACAGAGGCACUUGUAAAAGGUUCUAUUUUUCCACUGCAAUGAAAAAGAAUAAAAUGGUAUCAAACAUUCCCCUAGCACUUUUUUGUACUUUGGUCUUUAAAAACCUUUUUUUUUUAUGAGAGAUUUGUGGUUUAAGAAGGCUGUGGGGCUGCUGGGGAGGAGAGGGGUGUUCUGGAGUCGGCGAAAUGUUUGUCUCUUUCAGACUGGUAACUAGGUUCUAUUUGAAGGGGAGAAUGUUUUUAUCCUCAUUAAACCGGAUACUUUUCAGCAAUAUAUUUGUGGCAUUUUUUUAUAAUUGGUGUUAAAUGCCUGAUAUCUAAUGCACAAACACUGAAAUGUCAAAGAUGCUGAUCCUUUUCCCUUCUGUUAUUGUAUUUGAAAUUUUUAUAUAUUUGGUGGUGAUUGCUAUGUUUACAUACUCACCAUAACCACACUUAUGCAACGAGACAGUCCUGAGGGAAGAGAGGAAGAAGUGUGACUGUCUCAGUAUGAUCUUGUAACCAGUGGCAGGAAUUUUAACUGGGUUUUAAUGAGCCCUGUUUUGCAUUUUGCAGGUCUUUGAUCCUAACAGAUAAGUCUGUAUUUUUACAUGACUUGAACUCCAUGCAUUGCAGUUUAGAUACUUCUAUGAACCUUCAUAUUUCAUAUUCCUUUUGUGCAUUUUUUGUGCAAAAUGUUUGUGCUGGUUUUUACAUAUCAAAUGCAGUAAAUGUAAUAUAGAAAUAUUUUUAGUGGCAUGGUAAAAGGUCUGUUUUAAGAUCUGAAGGGGACAAGUCCCGCUGUAAGUCUCCUGUUAAACUGAUCAGGUGCUUCUCUUGUAGACAGGUUACAUGUCCGGGAGGAUUGGGUGGCAUUUCUUACCUGUUACCAGUCUCAAGCAGGCAGUUCAUGAUCCUCGACUCUUCUGCCUGCCCCUUGUUGUUCGUACAGGGUAUCGAACAUGUGCCUUCCAGAGCUGGGCUGUCAGUAUGCAUGAUGUGGGGUCUCAACCCACUGCCGAGAGGGAAGCACUGGUGUGUUAGCACGCUGGCAUGAUAGGGGUUUUCCAGCUCCCUGAAUUUGAUUGCUCAAGGUUUUUUUUUUUAAUUGCUAUUAUUGCCUUUGUGGUUAUUUUGUACUUAUUGGGGACAAUUGGAAAAAUACUGUUCUGCAAAUGGGGAAUUCUGACCAUUCCUCAGUGCUACCUGUUUCUGUCCUGUGUGUGCUUUCAGCUUUAGAGAACAGGAGAAUAAAGUACACUGAGAUACUGA